AUGCACCAUUUUGAAGAUCUCCACAAUCGUAAUCACGAACAGUCUCUCGGACUCGGGCAUGACCAUGCGACCUCUGCCGGAACAGCUCUUGACGUCGCUGGGAUCGACAGCUGUCUUGUCUUUUGGCCUGACAAGCUGGUCGAUUUGUCACGUGUCGAACCUGGCCAUGUCCGCUCCGAGCAGGCGGACGCAGAGUCAGCCAGGCUUCUGGUCGGCAAAGUCCUUUGCGGCCACCCUUACGAGGCAGCCGUUGUUGUCCUCGGCACGCUCUCGGCCAACGCGUUUGUCCAAGCUUCGAAUAAGCUCGAGUCGAACGGACUCUCGACCGUCGGCUUUGUGCGGGCGAAUGGCGAUGUUGGUGGGACCCGCCAUCCUGUCUUGCCCGAUAGCAGCAGCAUCUGGAUAACGGUCUCGCGGAUGUCAUCGGCCGACCACCUCCCGAAUGUUGUCUCUGUCCACUUCACUGGCUCUGACAACGCCGAAGGCCAAGCGGGCGUCGACGCAAGACGCCAGACCAUCGCUUCGUGCGCGGUCAAUGUGAUUGUCUACACCGUGCCCAACUCACGGAUGCUACAGUACUUUGCGCUCGAAUCGCUUCGCCUUGCGCCUGUCUCGGGUAUGAAGCUCGUCUCUGCUGCGAGCGCGCUACUCCUGCCUGACACAGACUUGCCCGCGUACACUCGAAUGAUGGCCGCGGCUUCUGCCCCGUCGGUACUGCAGAAUAAGUUCUUGCAGUUGCUCUCGCUGGACCCAGUCCACUGGCGCUCGUUUCGUAGCGUGCGCACGCAGGACGGCCAAUUGCCUCGAGGCACGUCGUUGCGGAAUGCCAUCGACCUGAUCAACCGACUGCAAACCAUUCGCAGCCGACUCAGCGCAUCCAUUGGUCCAUCCAAGAGCAAUGAGAUCGGCAAAGGCGCGGUCGUCGAUCAGCGUCGAUUUGCCAUACGCAACGAUCGCCCCGGCUUCAUCCCAAGCGCCGGCAACGCUGUGACUUCGACCGCGCUUGCUGUGCAAAGGCUACUCCGACGACCGCUCUUCACUGCGAAGGAGCCAGCCGUCAUGAUCGAAGGCGUGGAUCGAAGACCACGCAAGUCGACGGCUCCUCCGGUAAGGCUCGUCACGAUCUCGGCGAGUGCGCGGCAACUCGAUGUGCGCAUCUCGCAGCUCGUCGUUGCGCCGCGCUUGGCGUCGCGCUUACGCUAUCUCCGGAAGAAACAGAAGCUCCCGAUCAACGAGAUCGCUGCGCCCUACAUCGGACUCUGGAAUGCGGUCUGGCUCAUCGCCAACGACAUCAUCCUCGGGCAUGCAGUCAGCGUACUACUGUUGCAGAACAAGUCGCUGCUCGCGACGAUAGGACGUGCACUGGCGGAUCGCUACCUGCUCGACUACGUCUUGUGGCUUCUCUCUUGGCUCGAGAAUUGGCCAGCGGGACUGAAGCUCAACACAGAGCUGUCGCUCUUCUUCAGCGAUGCCUACUCUUCGCUCACCAGCACGUGGCAUUCGCAAGGCCUUCUCCACAUCCUUCCGCGUCUGGACACCGUGAUCGUGGUCAUUGCCCUGACAGGUCGCUUCAUGGGAGUGACGAUGGUGCUGUGCAUGAUGCAAGAUUUAAUCUCGAUCUGCACGCUGCACAUCACCGUAUUCUACACCUUGUCGUUCAGGACGCUGCGCGCUUUCAUAUACGUGCUCUCUUCGCUAUUCAACAUUUUUCGAGGCAAGAAGCGGAAUGCACUGCGAGGCGGUCGUCUGGACGAUGCGAGCUACGAGCUGGAUCAGCUCCUGCUUGGAACGCUGCUCUUCACGCUCGUUGCGUUCCUUUCCCCGACCGUCUAUGUGUACUACCUCGCAUUCGGACUGAUCCGCUUUGUCGUGGUUGCUUUCGAGUCAGGGAUCGUAGAGACUUGCUUGGGAUUGCUCAAUCACCUGCCGCUCUUUGCUCUCAUGCUUCGCAUCAAGGAUCCUCAUCGUCUCCCGGCCGGCGUUUGGCUGCAGGAGCUCGACCCUGCAAGCACGGUGAAAAGCGGACGGGAAGCCGGCGCAGACGGAUUGCAAACGGGUUGCUUCCGCUUGCGUUCUCGACCUUUGGCGAUCGGCGACAUCUUUGAAGGCUACGGCCAGCACGUUGGCGGGCUCUUUGAAGUUCCCAGUAUGCUGCUGCGAUGCCUGCUCGGUCGCUCGCUUAGGCCUUCGUAG